AUGACUUCAGAACAAAAUAAUGUGUUUAAUCAUGUCAUUAAUUGUGUUGAGGAGUCAACAGGUAAUAUUUUCUUUUUGGAUGCUCCUGGGGCACUGGAAAAAACAUUUAUUAUUAAUUUGCUGUUAGCAAAAAUCCGAUCAUCCGGUAAAAUUGCUAUAGGUGUGGCAUCAUCGGGAAUAGCAUCAACGUUAAUCCAAGGUGGUAAGACUGCACAUUCAAUGUUCAAGCUACCAAUAGACUUAAACAUUACCGAUACCCCAGUUUGUAAUAAAAAAAAAAAUUCAACAUUAGCCAAAGUAUUAACCGAUUGUGUACUAAUUGUGUGGGAUGAGCGCACAAUGGCUCAUAAAUCGGGCGUAGAGGCUUUAGAUAGAACAUUACGGGAUAUUGGGUCAUCAGAUAAAACUAUGGGAGGCAUCACAUUAGUAUUUGCGGGAGAUUUUAGACAAACAUUACCGGUUGUUCCACGGGCCACGGGGAACACGAUCUGA